CUGAAAAUGAAUCGAUGACUAUCACAGUACCAUGGAUCGCUUGAGAAAGAAGUAUUAAUUACGUACAACAAGGCCCAGAUGAUCAGGUGGAUCAAAUGGAUAUCGAGGAGUCAGAGCAGUCUCAUGAUACUUUAGAGCCUGAAAUUGAGAAAGACUUACAUGAGUUUCUGAAAUUUACUUGAACUUUGUGAAAAUUAAAUUGAACAGUCGGCUCGAAUGACUUUUAGCAAUGAUAUUAACCACAAUAUUAACUGACUUUUAGAGAGGACUAUUGUCAAACCUCCAAGUCGGGGCGAAGAUUUUAUUUGUAACAUGACAUCAAAUGCACUUGUUGACCAUCCUAAAACUUCAAAGACACUAUGUCGAGAGCAGAUCGGGACAAAUGGCAAGAAUCCAUUACCUAUGAAAUAAAUUCCUUUGGUAGUCGAAUUGAAGUUGAACCAAAUCGUACGAAAGCCAUUCCUUGCAAAUGGAUAUUCAAAAUUAAAACUAAACCUGUCGGUGCUUAGGUCAAGUACAAGGCCAGAUUAGUGAUUAUGGGAUAUGUACAGAAGAAAGAAUUAUGGAGGUGUCCCACUCACUGACUUUAAAUGAGACUGCAUUGCAGCAGUUGCCGGAUGAUAAAAAGCCUUUGUUUAUCUUCGAAUGGUUACGAUUCUUGGAUAAGGUUCUAGUUGCUGCACAGAAGUCUGACAUAAAGAACUGCCAGCAAAAGCUUGUUGCUCAACUUGUGAAUAUUCUCCGAGAGUCCCUUGGUGCACCAGCCAGACAAUUACUAGCCAGGUGCCUGGCAACGUUGUUUUCAGUCGGCGAUACAUUCCUCUUAUUUGACACGGUCAACAAAUGCAAUGACAUUAUCAAAGUGAAAGAUGACUCGACAUCAUAUUUACCAACAAGAUUGGCUGCUAUUUGCUGUUUGGGCAGUAUGUAUGAAAAGCUGGGGAGAAUGAUGGGCAGAUCAUAUGAGGAGACCGUGACGACACUCGUGAGAUCACUCAAGAGCGCAGAGUCCCAAACGCGUUUGGAAAUUAUGACUACACUUGAAAAGAUAUGCGUUGGCAUGGGCACUGCGGCACCGGCGGCUCUUCGCGAAGUGUCGCGAGCGGCCCGAACAGCCCUUCUCUCGGACCGCGCCGGGUCGGUUCGGGCUGCUGCAGCCCACGCGUUACGACACAUGUUACCUCUUAUACGACUUACACCAGCAGACUUGGAUACCAUAGCCGCAGCGUGUUUGAGAGCGGCUCUCCAAAGUGAUUAUACGUUAAGAUGUGCUGUUGCUGAGUUACUUGGUGCUUUGAUGGCCGCUUCACAAGCCGGAGAAGUCAACAACAUAAAUAGUAAAGCUAAAAUCGGCGCACAAGCAGUCCAACAAAACAAGAAAGACCUGCUGAAAAAUGUGGUAUCAUUAGACGAAGCUCUUAAUCUUUUAAUGGGCGCCUUCCUGAGAGGUGGAACAUCGUUCCUGAAAGGUGAAAUCAUCAAAUCUGGAUCUUCUGGCAACCGAGAGGUCCGAGUUUGUGUUACUCAUGCCUACGUGAUAUUUGUGCAAAACAUGGGUGGCGUUUGGUUGGAACGUAACAUUACAACAUUCUUAGCGCAUGUACUGGAUUUAGUGGCAAAUCCAAAGGCUGCCAGCUCCCAUGUCGACGCCGUUUAUUCGAGAAAAUGUAUAAACUACAUUUUGCGCAAUACAUUAGGGAAGAUGUUGGGCGAGAAAGCACAGGCGUCCGCAUGCCGUGAGAUCAUACAAAUCGUCGUGAAACAAAUGAACAGUAUUGACUUCAACCCUGAGAAUGCUAAGGACUGUAAUCAGGAGACACUGUUCAGUCAACACUUGCUGGUGUGCGCAUUGACGGAAGCAGGCGAAUUGGCUCUGCAACUCGGCACUUCUGUGCAGAAUCUCAUCUCCGACACGUCCCUUAAUAUGAUAGAUACGAUAUGUACCGUGUUGGAGCACCCUUGCGCGGCGGCGCGUCUGGCAGCGGCGUGGUGCAUCCGCUGUAUCUGCAUCGCGCUUUCGUCGCAGAUCACGCCCCUCGUCGACAAGUGUUGCGACGCGCUCGACGCGCAGAGACCCACGCCACAUCACAUCUCCGGCUAUUCAGCGGCCUUAGCAGCGAUACUGGGCGCUGUGCGGCAUUCCCCGCUGGGUAUCCCGCACGGACGCGGCAAGGUGGCCUUCAACGCGGCAGAGCAGCUGCUGCGUUCCGCCGCACAGAGCAGCCGGCUCACUGCAGCUCGGACUAACGCUGGGUGGCUUAUUGUAGGCGCUAUUUGCACUUUAGGAGUGCCAGUAGUUCGUGGUCUGUUGCCGCGAAUGUUGCUACUUUGGAGAAACAGUUUUCCACGCUCCGCUAAAGAACUUGAGUCCGAGAAGGCAAGGGGAGACGCUUUCACAUGGCAGGUAACCCUUGAGGGCCGUGCGGGUGCGCUGUCUGCACUGCAUAGUUUGCUGUUAUAUUGCCCGUCGCUAGUGAACAACGAAGACACUGCUAAACGUCUCACGCAACCCAUCGACGGGGCCAUCGCGGUUCUUACCAAUGUUAACGUGGUCGUGCGUCAAUACGGUGGGCAGCUAAAGGCACCAGCGGCCCUGCUUCGUCUACGGCUGUACCAAGCGUGCGCGGCGUUAGGAGCCGCUUACGCAGCACCCGCUGCGCCACUACUACGGCUGCUUUGCGCGGAGCUCGCAGGACUCGCAGACCCGCAAUCUGCCAACGUUGCUACAGGUAUGCUACGACACGCUCUGCAUCCUCGGGACACCAUUCUGUUGGGCGAAGAGAGUUGGAUAUACGACACCGAUCACGCCGAGAUAGAGGAACAACUGAUAUCUCCUCUGAGCGCAAGUGGGUCUAGCGCAUUGGAACAUGAUCCUUGCUGCUUAUACCGCAACGGCGGUGGCGCGCAACCGCUUGGCGUCGCCGUUAUCGACUCCGCCGUUUCUCUCUUCCCGCAGAUAUUUGCCCGCGCUGCCAACAAACACAGGCAACAAAUGCUAGAGCACUUUGUUGAAUGCAUAAAGAUGGCGAAAGGACAGCGCCAAGAGGCGAUCCAGGUCAACGUGUUUACUGCGUUAUUGCUCGCGUUGCGCAUGCUCGCUGAGCUCAAGAGUUCGCUUGGACAGGAGCCCGUUAAGACCGCUGCCACGGAACUCAUUAUUGCGGGGUUGUCUUCGGGUAGCGUCAUAGUCCGUGCAGCAGCCGCGUCGUGUGCCGGUCGCCUCUGCGGCUGCAUUACCGAAGCUGAGAGCCAGGCGCUCAGCGAGCGGGUCAUCCUUCUCGCCCGCACUUCACAGAAUAGGCCAGUAAGAGCAGCGGCGGCAGCAGCUGUGGGCGCAGUACAACGGGCGAGGGGGGCUGCAUCGAGCGCUGCGGCGCUACCCGUGCUUAGAAGCUUGGCGCAAGAUCGUGGCGCCACUGAAGUACAGGUGUGGUCACUGCACGCGUUGUCAGUGUUAGUGGACGCUUCCGGGCCGAUGUUUCGCGGACACGUGGAGUCCACUCUCACGCUUGCACUCAAGCUGCAGUUCAGCGCGCCUCCCUUCCUCGAAGACAUGCAUCGCAGCAUUGGCCGGCUGCUCUCGGCGCUGAUCACCGUCGUUGGACCCGAGUUGCAAGUGAUGGGCGGCGGCGCGGUGACACGAUUUGUGUGCGCAUGCGAAGCACUGCUGGAGUGCGGAGGCGGCGCGCGCGCAGAGGCGCUCGGUUGCCUGCAGCAGCUGCAGAUGUUCGCGCCCCGCCACAUUAACCUCCAUUCCCUUGUCCCUCAACUCUGUCGCGAUUUAUCAAGUCCGGAGCUGGCGGUUCGCCGCGCUGCACUUUGUUGCCUGCGUCAACUGUCACAGAAGGAAGCUGCGGAAGUCUGCCGCUACGCGUUGCUCGCUAAGGACCACGUCCCUGCCAAGCCGUAUUGUGGCGUAAUAAUAACAGAUACAGGCUUGCCGGGUGCGCUAUUCGCAUAUCUGGACAUCGAGCGUGACGAAACUGCGCUAUCCUACGCUCGAGAUACCCUGACUUGUUGCCUCCUCGCCGCGGCGGCUGCACGAUCCAUAAAGAACUGGCUCACACUCGCUAAACGCGUCCUUACAGUGCGGUCGGAAGACGGCAACAACACUGAGAAUGAUUUUGACGCUGAGGGAGAUGAUGAUCAGGCUGAGUUCCACGCCGAGUCAGAGCAGGUCACGCAUCCCGCUGUGCAGUCGAGGUGGCCUACCAGGGUAUUCGCAAUGGAAUGCAUUCAGAAGAUAAUGACUGCUUGCGAAGCAACUGGCGACAGCGCGCAUUUCGAUUUGGUAAAGGCCAAGGAAAAACAACUCACUGAUCCGAAUGACGAUUAUUUGUCAUUCCACCUGUCGGACCUGGUGCGUAUGGCGUUUGUGGGUGCGACUGGUGAGUCGGAUGCGCUACGCCUUUGCGGUCUGCGCACGUUGCAAAUGAUCAUUCAGCAGUAUGCGCGCGCGCCCGAGCCAGACUUUCCCGGACAUCUCUUACUUGAACAAUAUCAAGCACAAGUUGGUGCAGCAGUUCGACCGGCAUUCUCCGGCGACACGGCUUCUCACGUAACGGCUGCCGCUUGUGACGUCUGCUCUGCAUGGAUCGCGCGCGGCGUUGCCAGGGAUAUUAAUGACUUGAGAAGAGUGCACCAACUGCUGGUCUCCAGUCUCGACAAAUUGAACACGAAGGGCAACACUACACUGAUCUACAACGAGAGCAUGGCUACUUUGGAGAAACUGUCUAUCUUGAAGGCUUGGGCUGAAGUAUACAUAGUCGCUAUGGUAAGCAACAACAGUGCCCCUGGUAGUUAUGUGAAGCAACUAGAUAGUAAACCCUUCAACAACCGCGCGGAAUUGGCCCGAUGGCGCAACGAGAUGCAUCAACACCACGAAAAUCCUUUGGACAAUCAUGAGGUCGAAGAUGACGAGUAUGGAGAGUUCGAAUCAAAAGGAGAGAGCCUGUUGAAGCUUGUCGAACCGGAAUUGGAAAGUCUCGGCGAGAAUUGGAUUGCUGCGCUGAAGGAUCAUGCUUUGUUGAGUUUGCCACCAGAGUUUGCAUCGCAACUCCCUCAUGGUGGAGGUGCGUUCUACUCAGCGGAGACAGCUGAAGCGUCGCGUGCGCACUACGCCGAAGCUUGGCCGUCUCUGCUCUACGCCGCUUGCCUUCGUUUCAACGCCAACAUUGACUUCGUGCCAAAGAGUGACGGUGAACGUGUGGAUAAUAGAACGACUAAGACUGAAAAUGGAAACUUUGAGUUUUUCGAGCCAGUCGAUGAAAGGUUCCAUUUAUUGUUUGGCAUCUGCAUGGAAGCUCUUUGUGCGCAGCGCGACAUGAGCGUGGAGAAUAUAAUCUUCGUACUUCUGUCAUUGGUCACUAUCCUUGACGCGCCCGGGAACAGAGCUAGACUUCUUAAAGAUCGGACUCUUGCCAUAGAAUUGUGUCAGAUCAUCCACCGCACGGCACUCACUCAGGAAAGCAUUGAAGCGUUGCUGUUAGCAGUCGACGUAUUGAAGCUCGUCGUCGACGGGGCUAGGGAACAGCUACAUAGCAACAUGCAAGCAAAGAUCAAAGAAUUAGCACCUAACGAGGCCUCUGAAGGCAUACCCCAAUCAGUCCUUGAAGUGGUUCACACGCUAGGCGAAGGCGGUCCUACAGGGGACCUUCCUCCCGGGAAAUCGAUCGUGUUCGCCUGUCUUGAAGUGUGCUUAUGCCUGCUGGUCCGCCGAUUGCCGGCCCUGAGCCCUCUGAAGCAGGAGGGCACUGUCGGAAUAAUCGGCGUGCCCAAAGGACUCGGCAUACAUGGAGACACAUUACUUGUCAAGACGUUAGCCGCUAUGUCUGAGUUGCCUUCGCUUACCAGUCCUCAAGGUGCCCUGUCUUUGUUGCCAACUAUUCUAUUUUUGGCAACUGAAGUACUAAAAGAAAGUAAAAGCGACGCAGUGUUAUCCGAAGCGGGUAUUUUACUACUGCAACGCGCAGCGGAGUGCAGAGCAGUCAGGGUACACGAGGAGACCAACACCCAGCACGCGCAGUUACUUCAGACCACUCUUGCGAAGAUCGUCGACAGAGUUAAGAGCGAUGAGCCAGAGCAGCGUAUAGACGCGGUAGUGGGAGCGCGAGGCAUGGCGGUAGUGCUCAACCGCGCUACGCCUGCCGCGACGUUGCACUACCCUUGUAUCAACCACUUCCGCCGAUGUUUAGAAACGAAUGACAACGAGACGUUCGCAUCAUGUUGCUCAGUACUACGUAGCGUGUGGUCGACGACAGCGUCACCGCAAUGUGUGUCGUGGUGGGCGCGUGCACUGGCCGGUCACGUCAUCAGCCGGGCGGCCGCUGCUCGCAGACCCACUGAUAUGGAACAUACGAGGGCGGCAAUAGCUGCGCUCACGGCUCUUGAUGAGCUAGUCAGCGCUUGCCCCGAACAUGCACAUAACGGUUACAGACGUAACUUUAAAGGUAUCCAAAUGCUAUGGAUGCUGGUGCCUAUAGUGAUAUCGUACCUGCGCGACAAUAGCGAGCUGGCACGUGCACCUGCGUACGUCAAGGCGCUACACGAGUUUGCCCUGCAAUGGCUCACCCGAAUCGGGCCAAAGCACCCACAGGAAUUCAAGACUAUAAUGGCGCAGUCAGCAGAGCUGCGCAACAAACUGGAGAGCGCGGUGAAGGCUAGCCAGGCGAGCGCGAGACCGGUGCGCACGCAGCCCCAGAGACCCGUGUUCGACUGCCGUCCGGUCAAACCUACUAUCCAGCUCAAGACCGACUUCAGUGAUUUCAGAUGAGCCUACCUCAGCCUUAUUAAUAGGUACACGUUUAGCAUUAAAAUCUUAAAAACAAAUUGAUAUUGCUAUAUAAAAGUAUUACUUUCGAAAUUUUUACUUAGGCAAACUGAUAUGCUGCAAAUUAUUUAACGAUUUAUAUUAAAAUAGAUUUUAAAAGGAGGCAUUUUUAUGUAGAUAUCGUAAUUUAGAAAGAAACUUAGUGGCGUCUAGUUAUGGCCCCUUUAGGAAAAUUUUGAUAUAAUAAAAAUCUGGCUGUAUAAGACGCUAAAUAAAUAUUUGAUAUAUUGGAAAACUAUACUUCCCAUAUAAACCAGUGAUAAAAAGUAUAAACUUAAAAUAUACAAUAUUUAUGGCAUAUGGAAAAAAACCAAAUAGAAUUGUAUUUUGUCGAGUAAAGUUUUAUCGAGUAGAAUUGUAUUUUGGGUAGCAAUUUAUAUGUUAGUAUACAGCUAGGCUAUGUAAGGGAUUUAAUAGUGAUUUGCAUUAUGCACGAUAUGUUCAAAUUAUAAAACGUUCGUCCUUACGCUACUGUUUCGCCUAGUCGUGUUUACUCUAAUUCUAAAGUAUAUUUUCAAAUAUCACGAUAAAAGUACCUGGGAAGAAUGUGUAUGGAAAGACGAAAAUAGACUAAACCAAAAGAGUAUGUCUGGUAGUAAAUUGAAUUCUCUAAAUUCUAAAUAACCCACUGGUUUACGCUAAUGUCAACAAUAUCCUAAUAUCUUAUUUGCUCCGUAAAUUUACCGAUUACAAAGUCAAUGGAUUUAAUCAAUAGAUUUAAUCCUAUUCUUUCGUUUUUUGUCUGCCGUUAUUGUACCUAUUGUUUUUCUCAAGUAUACUAAAAAUGACAACCAAUAGCGCUCACGACCCGCAUAAAGGCAAAAUAAAAAAUAUUUAAAACCUAUGUAGUUCCGGUGCCGGCGGCAGCAAAACGCUAUUGGAAGUCUAAACACAUGACGGCGGAUCCGUGUGUUUCUCAUUUCUUUAUUAUUGAAGCUUUCUGUCUUUAAGAGUUAUUUUACGAAUAACAGACGUGAUGCAAAUUGUUGUAAAGUGAUAUACUUACGUAAAAAUAACACAGAUUAGAGACAAUUAUUUACAAUUUUAAAUAUUAGUGAAUAGAAAAGUAUUGUUUAAAAAAAGUAAAGUGAAUUUAGUAUCUCAACGAAAGUGACGAGUAAAUAGGUUAACAAAUUCGUGUGCUGAAAAAGAAAAUGUUGCUUCCCAAUGAAUCGGUCUCCGAAUGAACCUGCACAAUACGAGGGUCGUACUUAACGCUCUCAGCGCCACGUGAGCCGCCGGCGGCUCAUAAAUAAUCAAGCGCAACAGGCCACUAUCUUCAAAUUUUAAUAAAUAAAUACAGCUAUUUCCACAGACGUAUCAUUUACGUGGAACCGAGUGCGUUUCUACACUCCGCCAAGCCUUAGAACAGAGCUAGUUUGCCAUAAUUUUUGUUGUCUUUAUAAAUCGCUAUUCUGUCGGAUGGUCGAUGGUUUGUCUAAUGUGUGGCCUAAGACUUUCUUCCUUUAGAAGUCGGGUUCGAUUUUUUUCGUUUCUUUAGACAACACUGUACACUAACAGUGGUGCAUAGAAUUAUGGUCCCUUGGUCGGUGGUAUUGUAAGGAACACCCAAACCAUGAAGAGUCCUUUAACCACGUUUGUCACAGAAAUAUCUUUCGGAGGUUGUGCCAGCGAGUGUGGAGGCCAACGAGUGAAACGGCCAGUUACUGUCAGGUAGUACUUAUAUUCUUCUGAAAUCACAGUGGCCCAAUUAUCGAUAUGUCCGUGACUAUAACCUGGACGUUUGAAUUUACCGAGCGCUGCGGCUUUAUGUCUUUGUACCUUGCUCCUUUGACAGGCUUCACGAGAUCUAGCCCAUUCUUGCAGCUUUGUUAAAGUAUUUGCACCCGGGCGACUGUGGGUUGAGUUAAUAAAUACCUGUCGACGCAAUUAAAGUUUAUUUAAUAAAAUUUUCGACUUGCUACCAAAUAUGGGUACUUCUUCUGUAUUUAAAAAUGAAUACCCGUCGAGGAUGCCCUUCAGCUCUCCGUCAACCAGCUGGGCUUUGCUCCGCGUCUCAACUUUUAUGAUACCAAGUGAAGGGAAGAGCAAGUCGUGAGCCUGAUGGUAAGCGACACGCUUCUCCAUAACAGUUGCAGUGUCGCCGCUCAGAGCUUUAAAUUGCAAAGAUCUGAGGGG